CUCCGUUGCUGGCAGCCCUCGGGAAAGUCGGAAAGUCGGAAAGUCGAGGCCGGAUCGACACUGAGCCCUCUCAGACCACGACACCAUGCCCAUGACCCUGGGUUACUGGGACAUCCGUGGACUGGCCCAUGCCAUCCGCCUGCUCCUGGAGUACACGGACUCAAGCUAUGAGGAGAAGAGAUACUCCAUGGGGGACGCUCCUGACUUUGACCAAAGCCAAUGGUUGAAUGAGAAAUUCAAGCUGGGCCUGGACUUCCCUAAUCUGCCCUACUUAAUUGACGGGUCACACAAGAUCACCCAGAGCAACGCCAUCCUGCGCUACCUUGGCCGCAAGCACAACCUGUGUGGAGAGACAGAGGAGGAGAGGAUCCGUGUGGAUAUUCUGGAGAAUCAGCUUAUAGACAACCGCAUGGUGCUGGCGAGGCUUUGCUAUAAUGCUGACUUUGAGAAGCUGAAGCCAGGGUACCUGGAGCAACUCCCUGGGAUGAUGAGACUCUACUCUGAGUUCCUGGGCAAGCAGCCAUGGUUUGCAGGGGACAAGAUCACCUUUGUGGAUUUCAUUGCUUAUGAUGUGCUUGAGAGAAACCAGUUAUUUGAACCCAAGUGUCUGGAAGCAUUCCCAAACCUGAAGGACUUCAUAGCUCGCUUUGAGGGCCUGAAGAAGAUCUCUGACUACAUGAAGACCAGUCGCUUCCUCCCAAGACCUGUGUUCACAAAGAUGGCCAUUUGGGGCAGCAAGUAGGGCCUUGACAGGGUGGAAUGUAUGAUAAAGAUUUCAGAUCUCCUUGGUUUGCCAGUAGCCCACGGAAGCAAUCAGAACCUCUGCAGCCCCAGAGCCUCUUUUCCUCCUUCCUUCUUUCCAUCCUGUUGCAGCAGAUCCCAAGCUUCACCUGCUCUUUUUUUUUUCUUUUCCAAUCUUUGCCCCACACAGGCUCUUUAAAGCCUCCAGUGACCACUUUCCAUUAGCAAAGUAGCCUUCUAAAGCUAAAGCACCCGUUACAGGCUCCUGUGUCUAGAUACUUGGUUCCCAACUGCUAUUUUGGGAAAUUGUGGGCUUUCUGGCAGGUGGUGUCUAGAGAUAGUAGAUUGCUAGGAUCAUAGACUUUGGCCACUGUAGCCAAGCCCCUCUUGUGCUUGCUCUGUUCCCUGAGAAGAUCUGAACAAGGUGUGCCAUGACAUCAGCACUUAUCACUACAUCUAUGACUCAGUCCUGCCACCUGCCUUCCCUGCCACUUUGAACUGUAUCUCCUGAGCCAUGAACCAGAAUAAACCAUUCCCCACCUA